GGCGCGCGCGCGCGCUGGGCGCUGCUGGGCUGCGGCGGCGGUUACUAUGGCGGAGUCGGCCGGAGCCUCCUCCUUCUUCCCCCUUGUUGUCCUCCUGCUCGCCGGCAGCGGCGGGUCGGGGCCCCGGGGGAUCCAGGCUCUCCUGUGUGCAUGUACCAGCUGCCUGCAGACCAACUACACAUGUGAGACCGAUGGGGCUUGCAUGGUCUCCAUCUUUAACCUGGAUGGCUUGGAGCACCACGUGCGUACCUGCAUCCCCAAGGUGGAGCUGGUCCCUGCUGGGAAGCCCUUCUACUGCCUGAGCUCAGAGGACCUGCGCAACACGCACUGCUGCUACACCGAUUUCUGCAACAAGAUUGACCUCAGGGUGCCCAGCGGGCACCUCAAGGAGCCUGAGCACCCCUCCAUGUGGGGCCCUGUGGAGCUGGUGGGCAUCAUCGCUGGCCCAGUGUUCCUCCUGUUCCUCAUCAUCAUCAUCGUCUUCCUUGUCAUCAACUAUCACCAGCGUGUCUACCACAACCGCCAGAGACUGGACAUGGAGGACCCCUCCUGCGAGAUGUGUCUCUCCAAAGACAAGACACUCCAGGACCUCGUCUACGAUCUGUCCACAUCAGGGUCUGGCUCAGGGUUACCCCUGUUUGUCCAGCGCACGGUGGCCCGGACCAUUGUUUUACAGGAGAUCAUCGGCAAGGGCCGGUUUGGGGAAGUGUGGCGAGGCCGGUGGAGGGGUGGCGAUGUGGCCGUUAAAAUCUUCUCUUCUCGUGAGGAACGGUCUUGGUUCCGGGAAGCUGAGAUCUACCAGACAGUCAUGCUGCGACAUGAAAACAUCCUUGGAUUCAUUGCUGCUGACAAUAAAGACAACGGCACCUGGACCCAGCUGUGGCUUGUCUCUGACUAUCACGAGCACGGCUCCUUGUUUGACUAUCUGAACCGCUACACAGUGACCACGGAGGGGCUGAUUAAGCUAGCCCUGUCUGCAGCCAGCGGGUUGGCACACCUGCACAUGGAGAUUGUGGGUACUCAAGGGAAGCCUGGAAUUGCUCAUCGAGACUUAAAGUCAAAGAACAUUCUGGUGAAGAAGAACGGCAUGUGUGCCAUCGCAGACCUCGGCCUGGCUGUCCGUCAUGAUGCUGUCACUGACACCAUAGAUAUUGCUCCAAAUCAGAGGGUGGGAACCAAACGGUACAUGGCUCCUGAGGUCCUUGAUGAGACCAUCAACAUGAAGCACUUUGAUUCCUUCAAGUGCGCCGACAUCUACGCCCUGGGGCUCGUGUACUGGGAGAUCGCUCGGAGAUGCAACUCUGGAGGCGUCCAUGAAGAAUAUCAGCUGCCGUAUUACGACUUAGUGCCCUCCGACCCUUCCAUUGAGGAGAUGCGGAAGGUCGUCUGUGACCAGAAGUUACGGCCCAACAUCCCCAACUGGUGGCAGAGUUACGAGGCCUUGCGGGUGAUGGGGAAGAUGAUGCGAGAGUGCUGGUACGCCAACGGUGCUGCCCGCCUGACGGCACUGCGCAUCAAGAAAACACUGUCCCAGCUGAGCGUGCAGGAAGACGUGAAGAUCUAAGCUGCUCCUCUGCCUCUCACAGAACCUGGGCAGCGAGGAUGACUGCACCCACCGAGCAAGCGGUGUGGAGGCCUACCUCUUGUUUCUGCCCAGCCCUCUGGCCAGAGCCGUGGCCUGCAAGAGGGACAGAGCCUGGGAGACUCGCACACUCCCAUGUCGGGUUUGAGACACAGACACUUUUUAUAUUUACCUCCUGAUGGCAUAGAGACUCUGAGUGCAAAUUAUGUAGACAACUCGAUGCCACAUCUCAGACUCCUCACAGGGGGAAGGAGAGUAAGCUCUGUGCAUCUGGCAUGUAGCCGGGGUGGUGCCGGGGUGCUGGGGUCUCCCAGGAACAGCCCCCAUACCUUGUGGUCCGCCAGGCUGCAGGUUCUCCAGGGACCAGGCAGCUGGCACCAAGAUAUUUAGAGAAACCAGAAGUGUCACCUCUUCCUCUCACAGGCAGCCCUGAGCCACGUCAUCCUUUUCUCAUGGACAGCUGGAGGGACAGCCCCUGGAGACACAACCUGCUGCCUGUCUGUCCAGCCAAGUGUGCAUGUGCCGAGGUGUAUUCCACAUUGUGCCUGGUUCGUGCCAUGCCCGUGUGUGUGUGUGUCUGUGUGUGUGUGUGUGUGUGUGUGUGUCUGUGUCUGUGU